UGGCUUUGUCGCUGGCAUCCCCGAGUAGCUGUUACCUGAAUUGCACCUGCAGGCGUCACAUCCACUUGUCACACACAUACACACAUACGGUUCGAGGGAGCGCGCAUCUCACACACACACUCACUCUCCACUCGAUUGCAAUCGGUUUUCACCAAUUUACCACAGACGACUUCUUGAUCUCUUGGCGGAUCAGUGUUAACGGACGCGCCUCAUACAUUCGGUCGGCUCACACCUUUACCUCCGUGAUUUUGAUGGGGACUUGGACAACAGGGAGAGAAAAUGCCUGUGAUGAAAGGAUUACUUGCGCCUCAGAACACGUUUCUAGACACCAUAGCCACACGGUUUGACGGCACACACAGCAACUUCAUCCUGGCUAAUGCCCAGGUGUCCAAGGCCCAAGGCUUCCCCAUCGUCUACUGUUCUGAUGGCUUCUGUGAGCUCACAGGCUUCUCCCGCGCUGAGGUCAUGCAGAAGAGCUGUGCCUGUAAGUUCCUGUAUGGCCCAGAGAGCAGCGAGACCAUCAUCCUCAGCAUCGACGACGCCCUGGAUGAACGGAAGGACUUCAAGGAAGAAAUCAUGUUCUACAAAAAGGCUGCGUCAUUGUUCUGGUGCCUGCUGGAAAUUGUCCCCAUUAAGAAUGAGAAGGGAGACGUGGUGCUCUUCCUGGCUUCAUUUAAAGACAUCACAGACAACAAGGCCAAGGCCAUCCCAGAGGGCAAGAGAGAAGAGCGCCGACAAGGGCGUCUGAAAACUGGCUCUUCGUUCAGUUCGACUCGUCUGCGGAGCAGUACUGUACUCUACCACAUCUCUGGUCACCUCCACAGCAAAGACAACAAGAAGAGAAAGAAGAGCAAGAUCAAACUCAAUAAGAAUGUGUUUGGGGACCCCCCUGCUCUGCCGGAGUACAAGGUGGCGGACGCCAAGAAGUCCAAGUUUAUCUUGCUUCACUUCAGCACCUUCAAGGCGGGUUGGGAUUGGCUGAUCCUGCUGGCCACCUUCUACGUUGCCGUGACAGUGCCCUACAACGUCUGCUUCAUCGGAGAUGAUGACCUCACCAGGAGCACUACAGUCAGCGACAUCGCUGUGGAGAUACUCUUUAUUAUAGACAUUGUGUUCAGUUUCCGUACCACGUACGUGAGUAAGUCUGGUCAGGUGAUUUUCAGUGCACGGUUGAUCUGCAUCCACUACAUGACCACGUGGUUCAUCAUUGACCUGGUCGCCGCGCUGCCCUUUGACCUCCUCUAUGCCUUCAAAGUCAGCGUGGUAUCAGUAGUCCACCUGUUGAAGACAGUGCGUCUGCUCCGGCUGCUGCGUCUGCUCCAGAAGAUGGACCGGUACUCCCAGCACAGCACUGUGGUUCUCACCCUGCUCAUGUCCAUGUUCGCCCUGCUGGCCCACUGGAUGGCCUGCAUCUGGUACGUCAUCGGCAAGAAGGAGAUGGAGGCCAACGCCUACUCCUGGGACAUCGGCUGGCUCCAUGAGUUGGGGAAGCGUCUAGAGUCUCCCUACGACCCCCUGGGGGAAGUGAACGGGACGGGGCUGAGCGGACCUUCUCUGAGGAGUGUCUACAUCGCUUCUCUCUACUUCACCCUGUCCAGUCUGACCAGCGUGGGCUUCGGCAACGUGUCGGCCAACACCGACGCUGAGAAGAUCUUCUCUAUCUGCACCAUGCUCAUCGGAGCGUUGAUGCACGCCCUGGUGUUUGGUAACGUGACGGCCAUUAUCCAGCGGAUGUACUCUCGCUGGUCCCAGUACCACACCCGCACCAAGGACCUGAAGGACUUCAUCCGAGUCCACCACCUGCCCCAGGGCCUCAAACAGCGCAUGCUGGAGUACUUCCAGACCACAUGGUCUGUCAACAACGGCAUCGACUCCAACGAGUUGUUGAAGGACUUCCCAGAUGAGCUGCGCUCUGACAUCACCAUGCACCUGAACAAGGAGAUAUUGGAGCUGUCGCUGUUUGCCUCGGCCAGCAGGGGGUGCCUGCGCUCCCUGUCCCUGCACAUCAAGACAACGUUCUGUGCCCCUGGGGAGUAUCUGCUGCGCCAGGGGGACGCCCUGCAGGCCAUCUUCUUUGUCUGCUCUGGGUCCAUGGAGGUGCUGAAGGACGGCAUGGUGCUGGCUAUACUGGGUAAGGGUGACCUGAUCGGGGCCAACAUGUCUAUAGAUGACCGGGUGAUAAAGACCAAUGCAGAUGUGAAGGCCCUAACCUACUGUGACCUGCAGUGUAUCAACCUGAGUGGUCUGUAUGAGGUACUGGACCUCUACCCAGAGUACACCAGCCGCUUUGUCCAAGACAUCCAGCUGGACCUCACAUACAACCUGAGGGAGGGACACGAGUGCCAUGUCAUAUCCAGAUUGUCCACCAAACCAUUGGACACACAGACAGAGGGGAGAGGCAACGGACGAGUGAUCCAGUGCUAUCCAUCCAUCAUUGAGAACCAGGAGGAAGAGGAGGAGGAUGAUGAGUUGGCAUCUGUAUCUCCGGAAUUGGUGCGGAACAGCGUCCUGUACACCAGAGAGGUGUCUUCUGUGAAGUCUCCACCGGGUAGAGCCGGGAUGGCGAGAGAGUUGCACAGCGGCAGAGAAGUAACACACCAGAGCACUAGGAAACUGAGGAAGAAGAUCCAGAUCCGGCAGAAAGCUCUCACCACGCUAGACCCCUCCAACCUCAGCCCUAGGGUUGUGGACGGUACAGAGGAUACUGAAGGUACAGAGACCUCUCCACUGUUCUCCUUCUCUCCCAGUCGAGCCUGUCCAGUCAGCUGUCCAGUGAAUGCACCUGCCACAUUUACAGAUAUUCUCCAGAUCAGCACGGCAGAGUCAGCAGCUAAAGCUGAGGAGACCUGGGGACAACUACGGCACCUAGACCAGGAGGUGAGUUCUCUGGGGAAGGAGGUGGCAGAGCUGGGCCAAGUAAUGAGGAGUAUGGCUCACCUGAUGGAGUCCCUCAUCUCCGGACCCCAACCCCUCUAUCCUGCACACUUUGUACCUGGACACCCCACGUACCUGUCCCGCCCUGCACCCCCAUCCCACGUCACCCCCCCACAGUCCUAUCCCUCCCCCUCUCAGACUGGACCUCUCUGGGAAGACACCCCCCUCACCACCCCCUCUCCUUGCACCUCUCCACUUGUUGGCCAUGUCCAGCGGCAUCCUGGGAUGUUCCACGUGGAUCCCGCCCUCACCACCGUUCCACACAGACCACAGAACCUCCACCUGGUCUACCCUCUGUGCCCUGGCCCGGCCCCCUCCCCGCUUUCACGCCCCUACCCCCCCUCCUUCUCCCUCACGGACGCCUCAACAGAGCUACUGCUUCCCUCGCCCCUCACCUCUCCCGGGACGCCCCACUGUGGAGGGGGAGGGGAAGCUGGGUCCUUCAGGUUGCGGGCACGGAGUCUGGAGACCCCACAGCCACCGCGUGAUAGGAGAGGAGGGGGAGGGGGCAUUGCGGUUGCCCCUCAGAGCUCCGGGAGCCUGCCCCGCCCUGGAAGGAGCUACCAGCACAUGGAUUUGUAGCGGACUGAACUGGACUAAAGUGGACUCUCACUUAAAUACUGGACUAAAAUAGUGGAUGGGACUAACAACCAGGUCCCUAUAUCAUCAGACUACACUCUUACAGGGACACACAGAUCUCUGAUGAUACUCAUAACAUUUAAUUUUCUAUCUCCGUUUCCAAGGCACAUUUUUAUUUUCAAAUUGCAUGACAAAAGUAGAGGGGCAGUAGGUAGCCUAUAGGUAGCUACAUUGUAUAGAUGUUCCAGUAGUGUUCUGCGGGGGUAUAGAAGCAAGAAUGUAGCUGUGACUUUGUGUUAUUCACUGGAGAAGACCAUGGGGGUCUGAAGGAGAGGAGAAGAGCAGUACUGCACAAUGACAGAGGAGGAGGAGGAGGGGACUGGGUCGCAUCAGGGAUGGAUGGAAUAGUAGAGAUGCCUGAGUGUAUAAGGGGGAGGGAGAGGGAAGGAGGAGGGGGAAUUUCUUGCUCUUUCUCUCUUUCCUUGCAGGGUUUCAAGUUGGAUGGGUUGGAGGAGAGAGUGAGUGGUGGAGGGAGUUGUGGUUGAGGGAGGAUGGGGAGUGUCGGAGGAUGUGAGGUUUUAAGUUACAGUUUUCUAUCUACUCCCACCCCAUCACUGUUCUUGUAGUCGAGGUCUGGGCCUGCGGCUAGGGACCAGUGGCUGGUGUUUGGGGGUUGGU